AUGAGCACAAAACGAGUUGUUCGACGAAUUCGACGCCACCUGAGUUAUCUGGAUAAACAUUGGACUGAACUGAAUCGCUCCAUGUUGGCCUAUCGACAACAGCUUGAUAGAGCAUUUCAGAAACUGACUGUUUUCGAGCGAGUACUGGACGACGCUGAAAGGGAGUUGGAUGCAGCCCAGAAAGUGCUUAUGGCCCAAGAUCCCGCCUACCCCACAGAUGAACGAACACUUCAGAUACUGUGGGACACAUUUGCAUCCGUAACUCAUGCGAUUGCCGGCUUGGAUGGUCAGGCGUUGUGUCUAAGUGACGAUGGCACUAUCAUUUCCCAUGUUCUCAUCUCUAGACUAGAUGGACUGAAAAUUGGCUUAGAGCGUCUUCGAUCGGAGGCGAAUGAGGGAAUGAACCGUUUGCCCUCUGUAAAUGGUGUGGAUUCAGGUGCGUCGCCUGCUCUUGUGCCGGUUUUCCAACGGACUCUGCGAUCUCCUCCACAGCAUUUACUAAAUUCUGACCAUCUUGACGCUGUGACGACCAAUGGUAGCAAUGCGCCUAUUCCUCGACCAAAAAGUCCGUCGGAAUGUUGGCUACAGGCUUUUCGAACAGGUGAUAUUGAACCGUUUUCGCUACCUACUUAUAUACUCUACCAUGCCACCCAAGAAACGCAAUGGGAUCAUCCCCUUAUGAUUGAGUUACUGCAGAGAAUGGAUGAAUGUAACACAAUCCGUUUCCUUGCCUACAGAACUGCUGCUAAAAUUCGUCAGCUGCAAUUGAAACUUUUCUUCGAUCAGGUUCCGCUGAAUGUGGCCACGGAGACUUUUGCACGUCAUGGUCUUUCGUCACCCCUUUGCAGUGAGGGGUGCGAUGGCAGAGUGAUGGACGUGGCACAAAUGGUUAACUGUCUCACCACUCUAUACUGUCGUGUAUGGGAUGCGUUGGCCAGUCAACCCGAUGUUGUCAAGACAAUAGACACGAGUGCAGGAAUGGUGAGAAGUGGAAUGCCCACUCAACAGUCACCGACGAAAUCCUGUACUUCGGAUUCCACACUGGCUGGCACCACUGGUCAACAAACGUCAGUAACCGAAACCACCUCCCUCUCUGAGAGUCGACCAAGGUCAAAGAAAACCCCCACCCAUCGCAGCGCAAUCAAAUGCAUGUCCAAUGUGCUCUGUGCUACAAGCAACAAACACAGCCGAGGCGAUGAGAGCAAAAGUGAGAAGGGAAGUGAAUGUCCUCGUCAAUGUCCGGUAAAUCCGACCUUGGAGACGCCUCCAGUCAAUGAGCGUGAAUGUGGCCCUCCUGGGAGCGUGCCUCCACCUAGAACCCAACCCCCACCAUCCGCUUUCUCAAGGGUGGAGAAGUUGCAAACGCGUCUACAAUUGUCGGAUGGCCGAGAAUUUGUCCUACCAACAUGUGUGGAUUUGGCGCUUAAUCUCCUUCUAAAUUCGUUCGAUAGAAUUAAGGAGCGAACUGGUAAGGAUGAGAUGAUGGAAGGCUGUGUCCCCCUGCUCUCCUACAGUCCUCAUUCGUCACCCUCCGUUGGCUUUCCUCCUUGUUCCUCUUCCCUUUAG